GAUCCAUUCUCCAAUUUUAAGUUCUGAGCUGGACUAUAAAAGCGUAGUAUAGAAUGGCCAACGAACAACAGUCAAGUGAAGUGAACUGAACCAAGAAGAUGUCACAGAGCAUGAACUUAUCUUUUGCUGUCUUGCUUUGCCUUUUGGCACUUGGAAAUGCCGAUCUGCAAAUGUACCAUCCCUUGAUGACCCUCCACCACCAACCAACUUUUGCCAAGGUGGGUCAGCUGGUGGAGCAUGUGCCCACCGCAGUUUCCCACCAGAGUUCCACCAUCGUUCAUCGCAGUGUUCCAAGGAUAUCAUCUCUGUUGACACCUGCCUUGAGGUCCACCUACCUGAACUAUCCCACCUGGAGUUAUCCAGUCUUCGAUUGGUCCAACACUCUGUACAGAAAGUAGGCAUCUGAAAUCGAUACAUUUCGAAUAAUUGGGCUACCAAACCUUGGGUUUGAACAAUAAAACAAGUGCCCCAAUCCCCUAAAA